UGCUAUCAUAUUAAUUUCUCUUCAUAAUUUGGAAGGUUCCAAAUAAAAGAAAAUAAAUUACUUUCCUUCCUCUAUUUUCCUUUCAAUCGAAAUAUAAAACAGAACAAAAAGGAACAGAAGUAAAUAGUCAAUCCUUCCGUAUUUUCUUUCCUUAUUUUCCUUCCUGACUUAUUUUCUUUCCUUUCUGGGAAACUGACAUAAUAUUAUACAUGGCCCUAAUCUUAAUUUGCAGCAAUCAUCAAAAUCAGAAUCUCAAUAUUCAAUCACUACCGCACUAUCACACUGCAAAAUGUCGAUCAAUUCCUCUCCCAGUGGCCACCGGUCGGACAUCUUCGACCCAUUUUGGGACCCGUUGGAGGGAUUCCCUUUCCAUCCCCUCAUCAAUGGCCCUGACUUCCCUGCCGAAACGUCGUCGUUCGCCGGGGCACGGGUCGAUUGGAAGGAAACGCCAACUGCUCACGUUUUCAUGGCUGACGUCCCUGGACUAAGGAAAGAGGAACUAAAAGUGGAGGUUGAAGACGGAAGGGUUUUGCAGAUCACCGGAGAAAGAAGCAGAGAAGAAGAAUCGUCAGGGGACACCUGGCACAUAGUUGAGAGAAGCAGCGGUAUGUUCUCACGGCGGUUCAGGUUACCGAAGAAUGCUAAAGUUGAAGAUUUAAAGGCCAGUAUGGAAAAUGAAGUAUUGACUGUGACUGUGCCUAAAGAGGAAGAGAAGAAGGGUAGUAUAAGGUCCUUCCAGAUUUCUGGUUAAAACAACUCUCUGUCCGAACCUGAAUUUUAAGUAUGUUCCGUUUUCUUGUUCUAUCUAAAGUAUGAAUCUUUUUUUUUCCUCUUUUUGUGGAAAUCAGCUUCUGUUACUUGGUGUAGAUGUUAUCUUUGAGUACUAAAAAAUAAAAAUAAAAUUGCGCUGGUUUCUUGCCUA